AUGUGGUUUGAUAACAUUGAAAUGUUUCAAAAUAAUGUUUGUGAACAAUUAUCGAAUGAUGAAAAUUUAAAUAAAACAAUUUCAAUGAUAGAAUUAAUAACAAAAUUACAAAAAUUAGGUCGAUAUGAUACAAAUAUACAUAUUAAUGAUAUUUUUUCAUUAAUGUUUUAUCGUUAUGAAUGUAUUAAUCUUCGUACAUUCAAAAUAUCAAAUAUUAUUGAAGUAUCACAUACAAUUGAACCUUUAAUAGGCUUAUUACGUGAUCCAUUUAGUGUUUGUCCACAUUUAGAUCAAUCAUUAGUACCUUUAUCAAUUUAUAAUGCAGCUCAUUUACAAUCAAAACGAUUUAUUUUAUUAUCAGUAUCAGCACCAUAUUAUACACAUUCUUUAUUAUCAGAUUCAACACAUUUAAAUGAUAUACCUGAUGAUAAUAAGAUAUUACCAUGGAUGUAUCAACGAGAAUCAUUACAUGAGAAUAUACAAAAUCCAAAAAUAAUUCUUUUUGAUUUAGGUAGUUCAUAUUUUAGUGGAUGGAAUAAUGAUAAAACAGCUGCUGCUGGACAAUGGUUUUAUGAAUAUUAUAAACGUUUUAAUAUAAAAUUUGAUCGAAUUAUUGCAUUUGAAUAUUCUUUAUUAAAUCAAGAAAUUGUUUGGAAACAAUUACCUGAUGAUGUUUAUCCUAUUUAUACAUUUAUUAAUGUUGGUUUAAAAGAAAAUGGAAGAUUUAAUCCUUGGACAAUAUUAAAAACAAUAGCUCAACCAUUUGAUCAUAUUAUUGUUAAAUUAGAUAUUGAUACAACUCAUUUAGAAAAUAUUUUAAUUAAUCAAAUAUUAAUUGAUUCAACUAUUCAUUGUCUUAUUGAUGAACUUCUAUUUGAACAUCAUGUUAAUGUGAAAGAAAUGAUACCUUAUUGGGACGAUACAUCGAAUUCAUUAAAAGAUUCAUAUUUAUUAUUUACAAAAUUAAGACAACUUGGAAUCAGAGCACAUUCAUGGCCAUAA